AUGGAAAUAAAGAGGCAAUGGACAUCUGUAGCUAUAACUUCAAAUUCAUUGGGAGGAGCAAACAAAGAUGGGCAAGGUUGGGCUAAAUAUUGGGCAGAGAAGAAAUGUGCCUUGAAAAAAUUGUGUGCUCAGCACAGCAAUUCCAUGAGACGCACUGGUGGUGGUUCUGCUGAUGACCUGCCCAUGUUAUCAGACUUGGAUAAGAGAUUGGUGGCAGUUAUGGGUGGUCAAGAGUUUGCUGUUGGAGAUUCUCAACUUGCAGUUGAUCCUUUUCACCACACGGAACAUCAAAUGACACAAUCAGUCCCUGCGGCUUCACCAGUAGAAAAUGUAAAUUUAGGUUUAGAAAAUCAAGCAGCGGUGAUAGGAAGUUGUACUUCCCCUAUUCCUGGCACCUCCCAGGAUACACUACAAUCACCUCCGCGUAAUAGUAAGUAA